CUGGCAUAACGGAAAGGAGAGCAGGGAGGGGGGAAUGUUGUUUUCUUUAAACAAAGUGUUUUUCUCUGUCCUCUCCACUCCUGAGCACACUGAAAGAGCAGGGACAAGGAGGUCCAGUCUCUGAUCAGGCAACUGUGAAGAUUUUUGUGCUUUGUGAAAAUGCGUCUGAAGACUAUAAUCCUGCUGUCUGCCCUGCUUCCACUCUGCUUCUCUUAUGGAUGGGACCCUCUGGGCUGGCUGUUUCACCGACACGGCCAAGCACAAUAUUUUGGCUCGUUGCAGGCAGAUACAACAGGAGGCGCCUGUCCUGCGGAGUGUGACUGCCCCCCGACAUUCCCUGUGGCGAUGUACUGUGAUGGGAGGGGCCUGAACGCUAUACCAUCCAUUCCGUCCCGCAUCAAGUACCUGUACCUCCAACACAACGCCAUCUCAGUUGUGCCUGACUCCGCUCUGAUCAACGCAACUAAUUUGGUGUGGCUCUUUCUGCAUCACAAUCAGCUGACAUCUGAUGCCAUCAGCAAGGAGGUAUUUUUAAAGCUAGAAGGAUUGGAGCGAUUAUUUCUACAUCACAAUAACUUGACCAGCAUUCCUCCAAACCUUCCUCGCUCCCUACGGGACCUUAGGAUUGACCAUAACAGGAUUGGAAAGGUAAUCCCAACAGAUCUAGAAGGAAUGGACAACCUCACUAUCUUGCAUCUGCAUGACAACAACAUCGCAGACAUGGGCACCUCACUGAAGGCUCUGAAAUCUCUCACACUGCUCGACCUCAGCAACAACAAACUAAUAAAGAUCCCAGAUGCUCUUCCUGAACAUUUGCACCAGUUUUACCUGGAGUUCAACUCCAUUGACUCUCUACCCGAGGGUUUCCUGGGGGGUUUAGCUCAGCUGCAAUAUGUAAGGAUGUCUCACAAUCAGCUAACAAACAAGGGGAUCCCGUCCAAUACCUUUAAUGUGACCGGACUGGUGGAGCUGGACCUGAGCUACAACAAACUGGAGAGAAUCCCUACUGUCAGCACCACACUGCAGCAUCUUUACCUGCAAGCCAAUCAGAUCAAAGAGUUCACUCUGGGAAGCUUUUGCUCCAUCGUGGAUGUGACGAAUUUCUCCAGACUGCAAACACUGCGACUGGAAGGGAACGAGAUUAGCCAGGAGGAUAUCCCUUUAGAGUCUGCUCUCUGUCUGCGCAAGGCUUCCAGCAUCCAGAUCUAACCAAAUAUGUUCAAAAUUGGGCUACUCUUCAGCGAAAUGUGCCACAACCAAACCAGUGUAGACCCAGUGAUAUAAUGUGAUGCCACCAAGCACACAAAUGUGAUUGUUUAAAUGUGAAACUUAAGACAUUUUUUUCAGACUGAGAGUCCUUUAAAGGUCAGAAAACAUUGAUUUAAUUUAGUUAAGAGCCGUCGGUUCAUCAUGAUUACAUGUUGUACUCAUAAAUCAGUUUAGAAGCUUUAAUAUAUUGUGUAUUACGUGAUACUUCCGUGACCAUGAUCCUUUUUUGCUGUGAGGAUCAUUGACCUUUAUACCCUUUUAUUUACCUUUUAUUUCUGUUUUUCUUUAUGUGUCUUCUCCUAUAUUUCUUAUUGUUUACUCUGUUAAUUCUGAUAUAUAAUAUACAGUCCCGAUCAAAAUCUAAAGACUAGGAAAAAGCUACAGGUAUUCACAUUUCACCCUGCUUGAUCAUAGCCAGGUUUUAAGACCAGUGAAAAUAAACACAGUUAGAAAAAAGGCAGGUAAUAAAAUUGAAGUCUAACACCAUUAAUUAAAAUAGCCCUAAAACAGACAUUAGUGUCCAAAAUAGGACUCAGUAUGAGAGAAACCCUUGUUGUGCUCUUCAAAAAUGUAUUUUAGACAUGAUUGAUAUCAGUGUUUUUAGUUGGCUGGUGGGAACAAAUGUCCAUGCGGUGAAGAUGGCUUCUCAAAGGGUAUCCAUUCUGCAUCCAAUCUCUGCUGUGGCGGAGCAUUAUGAGAGUCUUGCUUGUGCAUCUCAACAGUCCUGCCAGGUUCUCUGUCUUGAUUAGCUGAUAAACAGCCUGUUUAAGUUUAAAUGAACUUUUUUAGUGAUUUGCCUAUUCUGUCUGCAUUUUGAAGCUCUACAUAAAACCUGGCUAUGAUCCACCAGCAGAAAAUAUGAAUAGCUGUAAUUUCCUCCCUAACCUAUAGAUGUUUAUCAGUAGUGUAUUAAGUAUUAUGUGAAGUAUUUAAAUUCAUAAUAAACGUUAUCUGGUGCUAAAUAAUAUGGGACACUUUACCACAAUGUCUCCUGCAUUUAAAAACAUCCAGUUACAGCUGCAGCACACUGGGACACUUCAUAUACUUUUCUUGUUGCAGCAUUUGUUGUGCGAGUAAAAUCCGUUUCAUAUAGAAAAGACAGUUCAUUAAAAACAUAUAUGUAUAUAGAUAAAAACUUUAACUGCAGGACAAAUUAUCAGUUAUUGUAAGCAUGACAUUUUUAUAUAGAGUUUUCAUUUUGUACACGAGACAAACAAAUAAAUGAUUUUUUUUUUAAUUAGCUGGAUACUUUUUUGGAAUUUGUUUAUGUCUGUCACUAAUAAUGCACUGCAGUUUGUAUUAAUGUAUAUAUUGUUGGGCUGUUUGGUUCAUACUGUUUAUGUGAAUGUUAACCCACAUCUGUGGUUUGUGGCAUCUGCCAUCAACCAUGUAAUUAUUGGUGAUACAUUGUUACAUUAGGACUAAUCCCUGGAUGAUCAGUAAACCAGUGGUAGGGUAGUCAGAGGUCCUGUAAUUUCUAUUUUUAGGGUAUUAAUAAUGAUGUUUUGUCAUAUGUAAUCAAACAAGCAGAUUGUCUCAAAUGUUUCAGUGGUGAACUUAUGAUUUAGUGUCACCAUCUAGAUGAUGCGGGACUUACCAAAGUUUCUUUAAACUUUAACCUUUUUUUAAAUUUUGUCAUGUUACCACAAAAUUGAAUGUAUUUCUGUGGAGUUUAUGUGACAGCCUAACACAAAGUAGAGCAUAAUUUUGUGGAAUCACAAAGUCAAAGGAAUCACAGUUUUCCUUUGUUAUAUACAAAUAAAACUCUGAGGUAUGGCCUGCAUUUUAAUUCAACCCCUUUAACUCUUAAACAUCUAAAUAAAAUCCAUUGAAACCUGCUGA